CAAGACAAUAACGAGAUUCUUUGACGCAAUGCCGGCCACAUUCCACCCCCGUUUUGAUCCAUCCAAUCCCGAGCAUACGAGCGAUCUCCCGGAUCUGGAUCUGAGCGGUGUCGACUGGAGCAAUCCCGAAAGCAUCUUCAGCACUCUGGGCGGCACUAACCUGCCAAUUCCCAAAUCCAUAUCUCCCUCGCAAGUCAGGAAGCAGGCAAGUGAAUACUCCAGCCAAAUCUUCGCCAACCAGGCUCUAUUAAAGGACAUACUCAGUCGCCAUGAGUCCACCAUCCACAAACGAUGGGCCAAGAAAACUCGAAAUCAGCGAUCAGAGAUACUGCUUGCGGCAUGGCCUAAAAUGUCCGAUGCGCACCGACCUGACUUUUUGGCCUUUCGGAAAGAAACGGAGCAUGAGCGCGAGGCCGGUACUAGAUUUCGCGAUGCAUUUAUGUAUCCGUACAUCAACCUCGAAGACCUGUCAAAGCCAAAGGCACUCCUGCUCAUGCUUCAAUCUCGAUCUCGCAACGCGCCAGAUGUGUUUGCGUUUGCGGAUUAUGAUGCGGCACAUCUGGGCCUUGUCUCCAAAGCGAUUGUGCCCCCUUUUCUCAAUGAGCAUACGAUGAUGCUCACAGGCCGUACGACUCCCACUAGCUAUGGAGCACUUGUUUCUUGGGACGAGAAUGAUAAUGCGUUCAUGGAUAUGGUUUCUGGAAAGGCCAUGCAUCCCGGUCAAGGACUUUUAGUACUCGAAAUACAAGAGAGGCUUAUGCGUUUCCUCGUGGAUUCUUGUAAACGGAUUCUUCAUGAUGUUCCAGCUUCAGACUUGACAAGCGAUAAAUGGCCUGUCCAACCGCCAGUCGUAUUGCCUCAAGAGACCACCGAUGGCUUCGCUUCUCAGGCCGCCAUGGCAGCGGAGGCCCCGUACAGACAUCCAGCAAAUAUGGACCUACCGCGCCUAGAGUCUCUCUUCGAAGCAAAAAAGACUGCUGCCGAGGAUCAUAUCUGGGCCUUGCGUGAAGAUCCAGGGUACUUUGCGGGAGCUGUAUUGGACUACAGGGACCAGCGUCAGGAGACACUAAAGGACACGAACGGACGAAGCCAUCCACUCAUGAGUGUUGGGCGUGAAGAUGUCUUUUGGCAGCGUGUCAUUGGAAAUGUUUUGGCCACUGCUUACUUGAGUUUAGAAGUUUGGAGUGAACUUCAUGCGCAAGUCAAAGAGCUCCGGAUACUUCAAGGGCGGUAUGAGCACCAAAUCACCGCGGAUGCAGAGUUACCAGAAGAGUAUUUGAACGCUCUACUGAGAUUCCGACAUUACCUGAACCAAACUUCGAAAGGUCCAUUAGGCCAGCUGAAGCAUUGCGCAUACUCAUCGCCCCCCCUUCGCCACCUAUUUGUUCGCAUUCCACCCGUGGACCCGAGCACACCUAUGAUACAGAUCAUGCGGAAGCCUGAAGUCAAACCGAAUAAGUUGGAGAGAGAACUUAUCUGGCUCCUUCAGAGUCUCAUAGAGGACGGUGCUACACUGUUUCUCGCUGGUCUCACUAAUAUAGUCGACGAACUAGAACGUCUUAUCCAGAGUGACCCGAAAGCUAAAGCGCUCAUCUCUUCACAUGUUGCUGACGUCUUCUCCGACCUGUCGGUUAUCAGCGAAGCGCUCAGGCAACUGAAUAUCUACCAACCCUGGGCGCAGACCUUCGAGCACGCACUUGUCGAUAAGCAGGAAGACAUCGAGAAAGAAUUUGCCCAGCAAACGCAAGCCUGGGGCCUGGUCAUGAGCGCGAUUGGUGGUCCAAAUCGGAAGGAUAUCGUUCGUUUAGGAGAGCCCACAGCAGGUAGGUUCGACUACCCUGUCGACAAGCAGCGGAAAAAGGCCAACGUCGACGCUAUGCGAUCCGCAGAGCAGAACCUCGACGCGUUCUGGCAGGCUGUUGAUGAUAGCAUGAAUGGGAGGGAGAUAGGAGAUACGGCGCUUUGGCGGCUACUUUCGCAAGAGAAAACCCUACACAGGACGCCCGAGUGGGUUGAGCCGGAGAAGACAACCAAGCAAGACUCGGAGCAUUCUAUCACGAUACCUUUGUCACAGCUAUAUUUCAGCCUUGAGUGGAGGACUCAGCGCACCAUCGACGACACUCCAUCCAGAACAAAAACUCCGAAAUCCAAGACCAGAGGCACGCCCACAGUGGCAACUGAUGUCCCAGAACCUAUUUUGACCCCAACGCAGCUAGACAUCCAGCCGACUUUCCGCCUCGACGCCCGUGCUCUAAAAGUGUUCCGCACUCUUUUCUAUACACCCACAUUGAAUGCAACCCCAGGAGAGGUUUCCUGGACCGACUUCUUGCACGCUAUGGCUGCUACCGGGUUUGCGCCGGAGAAGCUGUAUGGCAGUGUUUGGCAAUUCAGUCCCAGCGGACUGGACGUUGAGAGGAGUAUUCAAUUCCAUGAACCACAUCCUACUGGAAAAUUGAGUUAUCGAGUCGUGAGGCGGUACGGAAGGAGGCUGAAUCGAGCCUAUGGGUGGGAGGGCAAAAUGUUCUUGCCGAAAUAAG